GUCUGUUUUUAGUGGUUCUGUGCCUCUUUAUUAGUCAUCAAACAAAGAAAACAGUACAAGUAUCUCUAAAUUGUAAAGUACUUGUACUCAGUUAUUAUACCUGUUGAAGCGUCCACACAUGACCUGACCCGUCUCGGGUGGAAACGUCCUGCGUCUGCCUCACCGCGGGGAACCUCUCCGUCUGACCCAGGACACCCAGGUGAGCCUGUUAUAUAACCACCCUGCUUCCAGGGCCAGCCCCACUCCCUCACCUGAACUCGGCAGGUAAAGCCUCUUGGCUCGGCCUCUGGCAGCAGAACCCUGCGGCCGGGCGGCCUGAUCUCAUUAGGGAGUUAUUUUAGGUGCUUCUUUGAUUUCUUCCUCCAGGAACUAAGAGGGUUAGACAGUCCUGAGGUCUGCUCUCCGCCUGCAGAGUCACUGCAGCCUGGAUGUCGGCCGGCUCGACGCUCCCGGUGCUGAAGCCUGCCGCCGCCGCCGCCACCACGGAUUUCUAACCUUUUUGACUCUUUUUAUUCUUCUUCUCUAUAAAAGGACUUCAGACCGCUUCAUCACGCUCUUCUUGAUGUUCUUCAAACAUCCGUCCACUGAGGAUCAGUUCUCGUCUGAAGUCAAGCUGCUGGUUUCGUCUUUUCGUUUCUAAAACCCCUCUUCUCCUUCAGGGUGAGAAUCCCUCGUUCUUCCUUCUCUUGAGGUUUUUCCUCGGUGCUGCCGUCGGACCGGACCAAUGGGGAACCACGGCUCCAACCUGGACGACAUCCUGGCGGAGGACAUGCACCACUGGUACAACAAGUUCAUGCGGGAGUCUCCGUCGGGCCUCAUCACGCUGUUCGAGCUGAAGGCCAUCCUUAAUCUGAAGGGCAUGACGGAGAACGCCAACAGCUACGUGGACCAGGUCUUCCUCACCUUCGACAUGGACGGGGACGGUUACAUCGACUUCGUGGAGUACAUCGCAGCCGUCAGUCUGCUGCUGAAAGGAGAAAUCAACCAGAAACUAAAGUGGUACUUCAAACUGUUCGACCAGGACGGCAACGGAAAGAUCGACAAGGAGGAGCUGGAGACCAUCUUCUCGGCCAUCCAGGACAUUACACGGAACAGAGACACCGACCCCGAGGACAUCGUCUCCAUCAUAUUUGAGAGGAUCGAUGUGAAGGGAGAAGGUGAGCUGACCCUGGAGGAGUUCAUUGAAGGAGCCAGAGACCACGAGGACAUCAUGGACAUGCUGAAGAACCUGAUGGACCUGACGCCGGUGUUAGUGAUCAUCGUGGAGGGCCGGACGGGGUGAGAGCGCGGUGCGGCGCCGGAGGUUCAUCGGGACGACUAAAGACUGACUGGAGCAGAAAUCCUCCCAUCCUCCAUCCACCCUCACUCCCCUUCAAAAUAAGAGAAACCACUUGCUCCACCCCCCCACCCCCGACAGUCUUCUUGAAGACAUCUUUUGUUUUGUGGUCAGAGUGAGGCAGCGGGAAACAACGGACGCUGAACAUGUAAAAGUUUGCGAUGGACAGCGAUUAGCCGUCCGGCUGCUCGUCUCCAGGUUGAAAAACAAACUCAUUUUGGACAAAGACGUUUUCCAGCAUCCUUCAACAAAUCUGUCUCUCCCCUCCGUCACAGAGAUCAUGUCGUUUGUCCAAAAAUGUUCAAACCUAUAGAACUUUAUUUUGAAUUAUAGCGAUGACUCCAGUUUCCAAAGAUACCAAAUACGACCACGGCUGGGUGUCGAACCUCAACACCUCUUUGGUACCAACUCCAGAUUGCACCAAAAGUUGUCACUGACUACGUUUACAUGCACAUUAAUAUUCCACUAAUAUAGUGAAUUUGAUAGGCGUCAUGUAAACAGCGUAUUCUGAA